UGGCCUCCCGCACGCACUCACCACCCCAAACCCCUCCCGCUCCUGCGCCACUGACGGUUCGGCCACGGACCUACCCCGACCCACGGUCAGUUUCACGAAAUCUCUGUAUUAAUAAGCACGUCCAUGGUGUAAUCUCCGGUGGUCGCAACGCAAACCCUAGGGAGAGACACGUAGCAAUGGGCAGGAGCAAUAAGAAUAAGAAGAAGAAGGCUCCCCAAUCCGCCGCCGCCGCCGCCCCCUCUGAUGUAGCGGUCAACGGCGACGAGCAGCAGGUGGAUUCUGCUGCGGCGGCCAACGGAGACGCGAUUCAGCCGCCGAUGCCUACUGCGGUUGGGGCGGCCCACGGCGAUGAGCCGCCGCCGCCGGAAUCUGCGAUGGUGGCCAAUGGAGAACAUGCUGCGCCACCGCCGCCGCCAAUUGACGCGGCCGAUGGCGACGAGUCACCGGUGGAUUCUGCGACAGCGGCCAAUCGACACGGAGCUCCGCCGUCGCCGCCUACAGUUGAGGCGUCCAACGGCGACGAGAUGCCGCUGGAUUCAGCGGUCCCGGACGACGCGAACCCGCCGCCUUCGAUUGAGGCAGCCAACGUCUGCGAGCCGACCGCUAAGACGGGGUCGGAGGACCAAGUCCCAGGGGAGAGGCGGGACUCGUCGCCAGAGAAUGAGGUGGAGAAACUCAAGGCGCUCAACGCCACGCUCGUUAAGGAGGCGAAGAGGACGCGGGGGCAGGUGGCCACGCUCAGCGCGCAAGUGGACCAGCGCUCUGCCGAUACUGGCUUACUCGCCGAUCUGGAGCCUGUGGUCCUCCGGGCUGCCGUUGUUGCCUCCCUCCAAGCUGCCGCCAAGGAUGACACGGCGCUGCGCGGGCACAUAGCCGACGCCCAGCAGUCUCUCCAGGUCGCGGAGGCGAGGGUAGCUUGCCAGACGGAUGCCAGGGUCGAGGCUACAGCGCGCUUGGAGGCGGCCGAAUUAGAGAAACUUCGACUCCAGGAGCUCCUCCGCGGGAAGGAGACGGCGGCAGCAUCUGCUGCCAGUAAUGUCGCCAAAUCGGAGGCUUUGGUUUCCCAAUUGGCUGGGAACAGUACUGAGCUUUGUGCAGCUAAAGGUGAAUUGGAGAAGCAAUUGGGGGAGAUGAGCGCCUCGGCUCAGAAUGUCCAUGCUCUCAAGGCAGAACUGGAGGGAAGCUUCAAUGAUUACAAAAAGAGCACUGAGAUAUGCAGGCAGGAUAUGGAGGAGAAGCUUGAUGAGAAAUCAAAGCAGUUGGAGGGCCUGAGAUCCAGUGAGGCGGAAAUGGAGGUGAAGAUCCGGUCUUUGGAGGCAGAGCUCUCGCCGGCCCUGGCCAGGAACAGAGAAUUGGAGGCGGAGAUGGAGGCUAGCAAGACAGAGUUAGAUGCUGCACUGAAGGAAGUGGAGAAGCUCCAGAUCCAAGUUGCAAAUGCCAACGAUAAGUAUAACAUGGUGGUGGAUGAGGCGGAUGGUUUCCGGAAUGAGAUUAACCAGAUGUGGAAAACAAAGGAAGCGGCUGAGGCUGCAUUUGCUACUGAGAAGACUAAGUUUGAGAAAGAACUGGAUGGGUUGAAGAGGAGGGUUGAAAAAAUUAAAGCCAAUAAGGAUGUUGUCAUGGCCUCUGUCAAUCAGAAAGAUGUUGAGGCUGUAAACCUGAGGGAUGAACUGAAUGCGCUGUGCGGUACCAUUGCUGAGCAACGUGUUCGCUGCAAUUAUCUCAAGGAUAAGUAUUCUUGGCUCCUAGCAGAGAAGGACGCGCUUCUAAAAGCACUUGGCAAGGAGAAAGCUGAAGGAGACAAGCUAAGGCUGAGCCUUGGGGAGCUUGAGAGCUAUAAUGCUAAGAGGGACCGUGAGAUUGGGGUCUUGAAGGCAGAAGUAGAAAACAAGGAAGGACGGAUCGGUCGCUUGAAUGGUAAGCUUCAGGAGCUGCAUCUCGCAGUCGCUGAGGCACGGCACAGGGGGAAGAGUAGUGCGUGGACAUGGCUGUGCCCUACUACAACUGUUAUCGCUGCCGCUUCCUUUGUCUACGCUGCUCGUAGCCGGUGAACAGAGAACUCUUCCUACUCGCCUUUUGUUGGCUUGCUUGAGCAUGCACACAUAAGAAUAAGCAGGCUCCCACUUAUUUUAUUGCCUACUUGUCAUAUGAUGAACCGUUUGAUACUAUAAAACGAAGUUGAGUUUCUAUA